UGUUAACUUGGGUUACUUCCUACUUGUAUGUCGUAUGCAACUAACCCGAAUAUAAUGUAAAACAUCUAUAACAAUUCUAAGAACUAAUGGCGUGUUUAUUUUAUAGCAGUUUCUGCAAUAUUGGUGUAAAGAUGUUUCGAUUAGAAUGAGCUGGGAGUUACUUUAAUUUCGUUUUCAGAUGGAUGCUUCUGGAUCACAACAACUGCUCGAUGAGUGGGAUAACGUUAUUAGCGACUCAGAAUUUCUCAACAUCCCUUGCGAGCAACAAACCAUCGAUCCCCAUCGUCCUCUCAGUAGAGAAACUGAUUGUGAACACUCAGUGGACUUUAACAGCCCCAUAACACCCACUUCAUCAGUGUACAACCAUAACAAAGAGACUUUGGGGCAAGAAGCCGUAAAAACUGAUGAUGCAAGGGGUUUAAAGAGAAAGAGCCUCCAUGAAAAUAGCCUCAGCCCAAUGCAACGCUUCCUCAAGCGGCAUCUGAGUGUGACUCUCCUGUGUGACCAGUCUUGGUGUGAGAUGAAGACUGUCUACAGUCUUUUGAAGCCACAUCUCAAAAGAAAAGACCUGCAACGGUCUGAGGUUCAAACCGGAGCAGAAAUACAUUUAUCAAGAGAACUGGAGAUACAGAACGUUGUCCCCAUUGAUAUCCGGACUAGAGAGGAUGCAGAAGCCAUCAAACUUCUCAACAUGUCACACAUGAUUUCACGGUUGGAAACAGGGGAGCGUGUGCGAGAGUUCCCUGUGUUUGGUGUGCUGGAAGGUGUUUUUUUCAUGGGGGUCAUUGAUGAACUGAUGUACAACCAGAAGGGGGAGCUAGUCCUAAAUGAGCUUAAGACACGCAAACACAACUCCAUGCCUAGUUCUGCACAAGAUAAAGUUAACUGCUUACAGGUGGGCCUCUAUAAAUUGCUAUUUGAUGGAGUGGUGAGAGGGGAAGUGAAGAAAGACCAUAUAUUAAAUCACCUUAAACUGCGUUCAACUCAAGUGCUUGGAGCGGGAGUCCAGGCCCAUGCUAAAAGCAUUGGGGUUCAGGUGACUACCUUUGAGGAACUGGUUGAUGCCCUACUAAUAACUGUGUCAUGUUCUGAUCUUCCAUGCAUUGACCUGCUUCAGCUUGAAUACUAUCACCAAGGCUCUAGUGGACCCAUUGGGACCAGAGUCGCUCCUUUCAAUGAAGCCCAACUACGGGCAGAGCUUCAGGGUUAUCUGGCCUAUUGGACAGGCCAGAGGGAACCCAAAGGGGUGGACAUAGAGGAGGCCUGGAAAUGUAGAUCAUGCCUGUAUGAACAGACUUGUGAUUGGAAAAAGAAUAGAUUGCAAGUAUCUGACCAACAAGCAGCUCAUGCUAGCUCCUGCUCAUGAGUUAACAUUUUACAGCCGAUACAAACAUUUCUAUGUGGCGACAUUUGUCAUAUAUUUAGCUUUUAGGUUUUAUACUUUAAUAAUUGUCUAAUGUGUUCUAUUUCAGUUUUUAAAUAAUGAUGUGAUUUGAAUGUUACUGUGAAACUCUAUAAUAAUUGUGAAUGAUGCAUUGUGGAUCCAUAAUGCAUUAUUUAAUCCAUAAUGCAAUAUUUGGAUUAGAAUGGCUUUAAUGGAAGCAAGCUGAAAGCUUUCUUUAUGUACAUUAAGAAUUUUAGCCCACUUAGAUGUGCUUUUCAAUGAACUUCAAUGACUUUUUAUGGCUUCAGUCAAGGCAUGCCAAUAUAAUCAAUAUAAAAUACAUUUAAAGUGAGCAAAUUGUUUAAAUACAGAACUUAUAUUGUUCUGUCAUUUUGUUUUAAAACAAAGAUGUAUAUCAUUAACCUUAUCCAUUAUAUAUUAAGUUAUUAAUAGCUAAAUAAAUAAUAAUGUUAAUCCCUAACUAAAUCAUUUAUGUCAUUUUCAAAAUAUUGUGUAAUAUUUGUUUUAUAAUGAAAUAAGUGCCACUGGAUGGUGCUAUUUUACCAUAAAUAAUUACUUAGUCUCUGAAUUUACUGAAGGUUUAGAACGUUGAGUCAUUUCUGUAAGAUGAUAAUAUGAUAACUAUGACAUUAUCAGUUUGUAUUUUACAGUUAUUGCUAAUAUGAAAUCAGUGAUGCGGUGUGCCAA